AUGAUUGAGUGGUACUACUACUACUACUACUACUACUACUACUACUACUACUACUACUACUACUACUACUACUACUACUACUACUACUACUACUACUACUACUACUACUACUACUACUACUACUACUACUACUACUACUACUACUACUACUACUACUACUACUACUACUACUACUACUACUACUACUACUACUACUACUACUACUACUACUACUACUACUACUACUACUACUACUACUACUACUACUACUACUACUACUACUACUACUACUACUACUACUACUACUACUACUACUACUACUCUACUACUACUACUACUACUACUACUACUACUACUACUACUACUACUACUACUACUACUACUACUACUACUACUACUACUACUACUACUACUACUACUACUACUACUACUACUACUACUACUACUACUACUACUACUACUACUACUACUACUACUACUACUACUACUACUACUACUACUACUACUACUACUACUACUACUACUACUACUACUACUACUACUACUACUACUACUACUACUACUACUACUACUACUACUACUACUACUACUACUACUACUACUACUACUACUACUACUACUACUACUACUACUACUACUACUACUACUACUACUACUACUACUACUACUACUACUACUACUACUACUACUACUACUACUACUACUACUACUACUACUACUACUACUACUACUACUACUACUACUACUACUACUACUACUACUACUACUACUACUACUACUACUACUACUACUACUACUACUACUACUACUACUACUACUACUACUACUACUACUACUACUACUACUACUACUACUACUACUACUACUACUACUACUACUACUACUACUACUACUACUACUACUACUACUACUACUACUACUACUACUACUACUACUACUACUACUACUACUACUACUACUACUACUACUACUACUACUACUACUACUACUACUACUACUACUACUACUACUACUACUACUACUACUACUACUACUACUACUACUACUACUACUACUACUACUACUACUACUACUACUACUACUACUACUACUACUACUACUACUACUACUACUACUACUACUACUACUACUACUACUACUACUACUACUACUACUACUACUACUACUACGACUACUACUACUACUACUACUACUACUACUACUACUACUACUACUACUACUACUACUACUACUACUACUACUACUACUACUACUACUACUACUACUACUACUACUAAUAAUAAUAAUAAUAAUAAUAAUAAUAAUAAUAAUAAUAAUAAUAAUAAUCAUAAAAUUUUCUGUUCUAGUAUUAAACUACUCAGAAGCCUUCAUAGUCUUAAAUAG